AUAAGUAACACAGAGUGAGCAACAGACUCCAAAAUCAGAGGAGGGGUUUCAUUCCUUCUCCCUCCAGACCAAACAGUUGCUCCCUCUGCACAGCUAUGACUUUGAAUGUAUUCCUUUUCAAGUUCCAGAGCACAGGAGGUAACUUACGGUCUGGGGACCAUUGUGCUUUUCUCUACAAAAUUGACUUUGUGGCCUUGUGACACACACUCCUCCCUCCCCUCUUACUACUGACAAUCGGGUCCUCCAGCUUCUGCCAGAGCUGCCUCUGUGCUGGGAUGCGUUAGGCUGGGAUCUGCUCCCCUAGUUCCUGUGCCAGAUCAGGUACAUUCUCCGAGGACCAUGCAUUGCCUCUUUUUUUGGUGGGCCAGAGCCAUGCCUGUAGUGGGCAGGGGUAGCCCCGGGCCAGGGGCUGCCAGGGAACGUUGGGGACUGCAUUAGCAUGGAUGGGCUGUGCCCAAGUAUGUGGACGAUUAAAGGGGAGUCAGGGCCCACAGGACAUUGUCAUCUCCGUGGGCAUGCGGAGCUGGUGGGAUUGUGCUAUCAUCUGGACUCCUCGUCAUGGUGCUCUCCCACAGCUCAGGUGCCAUGGUCAGAGACACUGCGCCCAGCCAGUGCCUUUGGGCACAGGGGUAUUGUACCCACCCCACUGCCUUGUGAGGACUGCGCUUAUGGGACAUGGCUGAAAACUGUCUUCUCCACUCUCUCCCUUCCCUCCCUAGGUUUCCCGGUCCAAGCAGCGCUGACUCAGCCAUCCUUGGUGUCAGCAAACCUGGGCAACGUCUGGAUGACCUACUCUGGGGGUAGCAGCGGCUGGUAUGGCUGGUUCCAGUAGAAGGUACCUGGCACUGCCCCUGUCACUGUGAUCUAUGACAGCACCAAGAGACCCUCGGACAUCCCUUCACGAUUGUCUGGAACCUGGUCUGGCUCCACGGGCACGUUAACCAUCACUGAGGUCCAAGCCGAGGAUGAGGCUGUCUAUUACUGUGGUUCCCUGGUCCAGGCAGCAGUGACUCAGCCGUCCUCGGUGUCAGCGAACCUGGGACAAAACGUCCAGAUCACCUGCUCCGGGGAUAGCAGCUACUAUGGCUGGUACCAGCAGAAGGUUCCUGGCACUGCCCCUGUCACUGUGAUCUACGACAACAGCAAGAGACCCUCGGACAUCCCUUCGCGAUUCUCCGGAACCCGUUCUGGCUCCACGGCCACGUUAACCAUCACUGGGGUCCAAGCCGAGGACGAGGCUGUCUAUUACUGUGGUAGCUACGACGGCAGCAGUGCUGGUCAGUGUGAUACAGACAUUGAGUCAUGUGGAAGUGAGACACAAACCGUGGAGGCAAAACAAAGUCUCUUUCCCUUCUUCCUUGUACCUCAGAAGAGUCAAGGCUGUAGGCAUGAGACAAGUUCCUGUCCUCCCCAAGAGAAUGCCGCAGAGCUCAGCAGCUGUGUUGAGGAGGGAGCAGGAACCCAAGGAAUAUCAGCCCAGAGUGACCUUGGAGCAUUUGGUGGUGCCAGAGCCGUGCACUGGACUGGUGGCUAGGGAGGUCUGUGCUCGUGGGGCACUGGCUGACUCCCCUCUUCUCCCAUCUCCCCUCUCCCU